AUGGCCGCUCUUGGUGUUAUGGCCAAGAUUCGAGUUCCCUAUGCUCACACAUCACUUGAAGUUGUUCGGAUGCGCUAUGGCAAGAUUGGACAUCUCGUGUUUAUCGUGCUCAACCUCGUCAACAACGUCUUCGGCUGCGCCUCGAUGAUCAUGACGGGCUCUCAGCUCAUUCAUGGUGUCUCUGGUAUGCACUAUGUAGCAGCGACAAUUCUCGUUCCCCUUGGAGUUGUCCUCUAUACAGCAGUGGGUGGCCUCAAGGCCACAUUCCUGACGGACUUCUUGCACACAGCGAUUGCCCUUAUUCUCAUCAUCUAUUUUACGAUCGCUGUUUUGACAAACUCGGCCGUCGGCGGACUGGGUGGUUUGUAUGAUAAAGUCGUUGCGACGGCCGCCGAAAAUUACAUUCCCAACAACUAUAAAGGCUCACUCCUUACAUUCAAGUCCAAGGACGCAGUGAUUUGGGGGUUGAUACUCAAGUUUGGAAACCUGGCACUUGUUGUCAUGGAUACUGCUUUUUGGCAAAAGUCCUUUGCGACAGAGGUCAAGGCAACAGUGCCGGGAUACAACAUCGCUGCACUGGCGGUUUUUGGUAUUCCCUGGGGUCUGGGCACAGUCAUCGGUUUGACAACUAGAGCCAUUCACGAAACACCCAUCUUUCCGACCUACCCUGGCCUGCUUACUGCCACUGAGGUCAGCUCGGGUAUGGUAAUGCCAUACACCAUCAAAGCCCUGAUCGGAGACAAAGGAAUCAUUGGAUUCUUCUUCCUUUUGUUCAUGGCUCUGACAAGUACCGUUUCAUCCUCAAUGAUUGCUGUCAGUAGUAUCUUGUCUUAUGACGUUUAUAAGACGUACCUCAACCCGAAAGCUACCGACAAACAAAUCGUGGGAGUGAGCCACUUGACUGUGGUUAUCCAUGGUGUCUUCAUCACCGGCAUUUCUAUUGCUCUCAACUACGGAGGGGCAAAUAUGACCUGGAUAGGGUACCUGAGACCCAUUAUCUCAUGCCCAGGAAUCAUACCUAUGAUUCUCACUUUGUUCUGGUCUCGACAGACCCGUAUAGCUGCAAUUCUCUCUCCCGUGCUAGGAUUCUUUUCAGGUCUCGCUGUCUGGUUGGCAACAACCAAAUACAUGUAUAACCACAUCAAUAUCACGACCACCUCAAAUCCCUAUCCGGCACUAUAUGCAGCCAUCGCUUCCUUUUUUACACCGGCUCUUUAUUCUGUCGUCUUGUCACUCUACAAGCCUUACAAAUUCGACUGGAGGGUGUUCCUUCGAAUUGAGCUCGCAGAUCAAGCGGAGAUCCAGUCGCCCUCAGACACAAGCAUUUUGAAUGAGAGCAACGAGGAAGACCGUGCAAGUGACCCGAAGUAUGUCGCUGGAUCUGUCAAACCGGUUGCCGAUAGCCAACCAAAAAGUCUCACCAAAGACCCGGAACAGAUUGCCGAGAUCAGCGAAAAGAAUCCUACAAAAAACGCUUCGUCGGAAUCUUCCACGAAAAUCAGCCUCGACGAUAUUCAGCACCCCUUUGAUGACGAAACAAUGAAAGAGCUGCACCGAUGGCUUAAGAUUGCUUGGUACAUGUUCGGGGCUAUUGUGUUGAUCACGUUCGUUGCUUGGCCUCUUCCCCUGUAUCGCGAUUACAUCUUCACGAAAUCAUUCUUUGCAGGGUGGGUAGUAGUCGCCAUUAUUUGGCAGUUUGCUGCCUUUGGAGCGGUGGUGAUUUUCCCACUUUUUGACGGACGGAAGGAUAUUGCGACUGGUGCCAGAGGUAUCUGGACGUCUUCUAAAGAGUAUCUCGGCAGGUGCAAGAAAGAUUAG